AUGGCUCGCACCAAGCAGACCGCUCGCAAGUCCACUGGAGGAAAGGCUCCUCGCAAGCAGUUGGCAACGAAGGCCGCUCGCAAAAGCGCUCCAGCCACCGGAGGAGUAAAGAAGCCUCAUCGCUUCCGGCCAGGCACCGUCGCCCUGCGUGAGAUCCGUCGUUAUCAGAAAUCGACCGAACUGCUGAUCCGCAAGUUGCCUUUCCAGCGUCUGGUCCGUGAAAUUGCCCAGGACUUCAAGACCGAUCUGCGCUUCCAGAGCUCAGCUGUUAUGGCUCUACAGGAAGCUAGCGAGGCUUAUCUGGUCGGUCUGUUCGAAGAUACCAACCUGUGUGCCAUCCACGCCAAGCGUGUCACAAUCAUGCCAAAAGACAUCCAGCUGGCUCGUCGUAUCCGUGGUGAACGCGCUUAAUUUCCCCGUCGAAAAUCUUACCAAACCGGCCCUUUUCAGGGCCACUAAGUUCAUAUAAAAAAAGAGUUGGAAUAGAUUUCUUAAAGAACUACAAAAAUAGUUUUCACCAAG